GGGGCGCGCGGAGGAAGCGGGCCGAAGACAGCGGUGGCGGCGACUCUGGUUGUAGGUCGACGGCUUCAGGAGUUGGGGCGCACGGGCUGCCUCGGCGCCGGUGGGGACUGGUCCCAAGUGGGAUUCCGGCGCGGGGCUUCUGUCAGGAGCCCCAUCGCACGCGGCUGUGAUCCCCUGCUCCGCCGCUCCGAGGCGCGUGACUACUUGAGACCAAACAAGUGGCUCCUAUCACCUCUCUGAGUACUCCUUAGAGGCCACCCCUCCCAGCCUGACCAAUGUCCACAACCAGGGAACAGCCAAUCUUCAGCACCAGGGCGCAUGUGUUCCAGAUUGACCCCACUACCAAACGGAACUGGAUCCCUGCUGGCAAGCACGCACUUACUGUGUCCUAUUUCUACGAUGCCACUCGAAAUGUGUACCGCAUCAUCAGCAUUGGGGGUGCCAAGGCCAUCAUCAAUAGCACAGUCACCCCCAACAUGACCUUCACCAAAACCUCGCAGAAGUUCGGGCAGUGGGCAGACAGUCGAGCCAACACUGUCUAUGGCCUAGGCUUUGCCUCUGAACAGCAGCUGACCCAGUUUGCUGAGAAGUUUCAGGAGGUGAAGGAAGCUGCCAGGCUGGCGCGGGAGAAAUCUCAAGAUGGUGGAGAAUUCACUAGUCCUGCCCUGGCCCUUGCAUCCCACCAGGUUCCCCCGAGCCCCUUGGUCAGCACCAAUGGUCCAGGAGAGGAGAAGCUGUUCCGCAGCCAAAGUGCUGAUGCCCCUGGACCCACAGAGCGUGAGCGGUUGAAGAAGAUGCUGUCGGAAGGCUCCGUGGGCGAGGUCCAGUGGGAAGCUGAGUUCUUUGCGCUACAGGACAGCAACCAGAGGCUGGCAGGGGCCCUUCGCGAGGCCAACGCCGCGGCUGCACAAUGGAGGCAGCAGCUGGAGGUCCAGCGUGCAGAAGCCGAUCGCCUGAGACAGCGGGUGGCGGAGCUGGAGGCCCAGGCUGCUGCAGAGUCAGUCCCGGUGGGCGAGGAGGCAACCAGCCCAUCGGUGGAGCAGCUGGAGGCUAGGGUGCAGACCAAGGACCAGGAGAUCCAGACUUUGAAGAACCAGAGCUCUGGGACACCAGAAACACCUGACACCACUGAGCGGGAGGAGACACAGCAGAAGGUUCAGGACCUGGAGACUCGGAAUGCAGAAUUGAAGCAGCAGCUGCGAGCCAUGGAGUGCAACCUGGAGGAGGCGCGAGCAGAGCGGGAACGUGCACGGGUGGAAGUGGGCCGGGCCGCGCAGCUGCUGGAUGUGCGGCUGUUUGAGCUGAGCGAAUUGCGUGAGGGCCUGGCACGCCUGGCAGAGGCGGCACCCUAGUUGGCCCGGGGGG